AUGACUGGCUUCCCGGCCGAAAAGGGCACCAUCCUCGAGGUGCCCCGGCCCAUCACCACAGGGGCCGACAACCAAGACAUCCUCGGCAUCGCCCAGCAAGAAACCGCCGACACCAACCACACGGCCACCUCGGACGCUCACAGCACCGACGACGAGAAGAAGGCCGCGGCAGCGGGUGCCGAGUCACCCACCAUCGAGGCCGUACCGCCGGUGUACGACACCGAGAACGGCAAAGUCAAGGGUGACGCCGACAGCGACGAUGUGAUCAUCAUCACGGGGCAGGACGCCGCGCAGCACUUGCUGCCGCUGCGAGAUGACGGCGAGCCAGCGCUGACGUUCCGUGGUGUUGUCCUGGCGACGAUUUUGUCGGCGUUUCAGGCUGUGAUGUAUCAGAUUUACACGUACAAACCGACUAUGAUCACGAUCCAGGGCACCUUCAUCGUGAUGAUUGCGUACUUCAUCGGUAAAGGCUGGGCCGCGUUCCUUCCGCGCGGUGAUAAGCUCACGGCGCGCUGGCGCGAGCGCAAUGGUACAGGCAAACUCCCCUUUUACCUCACCAUCGCCAACUUCAUCAACCCGGGGCCCUGGAACCUGAAGGAACACGCCGUCUGCUCGAUCACGGCCACCUCGGCAUCCAACGCUGCCGUCAGCAUCCAGGUGUUCGCCGCACAGGACCUCUUCUACGACCUCCCCAUCAGCGCGGCGACCGUCAUCCUGUCCGUCAUUUCGAUUGGUCUUUUCGGGUAUGGCAUCUGCGGCAUCAUGCGGCCCAUUGCCGUGUGGCACGUGGACGCCGUGUACUGGAGCACGCUGCCCACGGUCAAGACGCUGCAGGGUCUACACUGGCAGGAAGUGAAGAACUCGAAGCCGCUGCGGUGGUUCUGGUACAGCUUUGUCGGCAUGUUCUUUUACGAGUUCUUCCCGGCGUAUAUUUGGCCGUGGCUGAAUGCCGUGUCGAUUCCGUGUCUUGCUGCGAUGCAUGCCACCGGGGAGAAGGCCGCGAUCUUGACCAACUUGUUUGGUGGCUCAAUCAACAAUGAGGGUUUGGGUUGGUUUAGUCUGUCGUUUGACUGGCAAUACAUCACCUCGUUCCAAACAUCGCUCCCGCUUGCCCUCCAGGCGCACGCGGCCAUCGGCUUUAUCGUUUGCUUUGCGGCAAUGCUUGGCAUCUACUACAACAACGCAUGGGAAGCGAAGUCGCAGCCGUUCAUGUCGACUCAGCUACGCUCUCAAGACGGCGGCAAGUACCCCAUCACCAAGGUCUUUAGUGGCGGUGUGCUCGAUCAGGAUGCCUUGCAGCAGUACGGCAUCCCGCGGCUGUCGGGGUCCUUUGCCUACGCCAUGUUCAUGGCCAACGCUGCUAUCGGCGCCCUCGUUGCGCACUGCAUUUUCUUCUGGGGCGGCGACAUCAAGCGCGCGUACACAAGUGCGAAGGAGGGUCGCCACGAUGACCGGCACCACGCGCACAUGGUCAAGCACUACAGGGAGGUUCCGUCGUGGUGGUACAUCAGUGUGCUCGUUCUCAGCUUCGUUCUCGGUCUGGUGGUGGUGACUACUCAGAAUAUCACCUUGCCUGCCUGGGCGUAUGUGGUCUCUCUGAUCUUGGGCAUCAUCAUCGCGCCGCUGAGCACGAUUCUAUACUCUCGAUACGGCAACGGCAUUGCUACCAACAACUUGUCCAAGAUGUUGGCCGGUCUGAUUCUCCCUGAGCGCCCCGUCGGCAACAUGUACUUUGCGGCCUGGUCGCACAACGUCAUCAGCAACGCCGUCACCCUGUCCAACGACCUCAAGAUGGGCGAAUACCUCAAAAUCCCCCCUCGUAUCAUGUUCCUGACGCAGGUGUACGGCACCAUUCUCGGCGGCUUCCUCAGCUAUGCGGUCAUGAUCUCGAUCGUUGGCGGCAACCGCGAGCUGCUCACCGACGGCAAUGGCAACGCCUCCUGGUCAGGCGCCACCAUACAGUCGUACAACACCAAUGCCACGUCGUGGGCGCUGGCCAAGUACCUCUACAAGGCGGGCGGGCUUUACGAGCUGGUACCAAUUGGCCUGGGUAUUGGCUUUGGUAUUGUCAUUGUGCAUCGCAUUGUUGCUCACUUCCUCCCCCGCAUCCGCAACUUCUCGCUCUACGACAUCAACAUGCCGCAGUUCCUGCAGUACGCGGGCUACAUCCCCUACAACCAGUCGCAGACGUGUGUGCUGCUGAGCCAGGUGAUUGCCGGGUUCUACGUGCAGAUGUACCUGCGCAACAAGAAGCCGCGCAUUUUCCGCGAUUACUCGUACCUCAUCACCGGCGCGUUUGAUGGCGCCAGUCUGCUGGCGCUGUUUAUCUUGUCGUUUGCCGUGUUUGGCGCCGGUGGACCGUCUGUGCCGUUCCCGACUUGGUGGGGGAACAAUGCGGACGGGAACUAUGAUUUGUGUCCUGUUGCGGAGUAG